CAGACAUGAAGGUGACUGGUUAGCAGGACAUCUGGGUAUUUAACAUGCUUCUAAAUAUCUUCAACUGAAACAAGCCUAGAGUCUUGGAAGCAGUCGUGGCCUGCGCCUCCCCAGCUGGACCCGCUGAGAGGGACUGGGGACAACCAGCUGGAUCCUCCCGUCGGACCAGGUCUCCGGAAUCACACCGUGGAUUCACCACUCCCGCGUCAAAGGAGCAGAGUCGUACCAGCCUACCUGGACUUCUCAUCCAGUGUCCGACGAGCCACUGAAGACCACGUUUAAAAAAACCACCUGAAUGCCAGCUCUCAUCUGCUCCUCCCUAACCAUCUCAACCUUCUGUCUACUGAUUCUUUUAGCCUCUUUUCUUCUUACCUCUGCGACCUUAUCUGAUUGGACCCCAGCCCAAAGAAGCCUCCUCCUGUUUGGGUUUCUACUAUGGAUCUUUCCCCUAUUCGCGCUCACCUGCUUACGGACCUCUGCCUCUUAGGCCUAUUCUACCCUUCCCUGAGCGCCCCAACCCAGCGGACAUGUACCUGCCGUGGGUCCCCUUUCUACCCGACUUUAAGAUCCUCCUUUUUCUCCUAUGACUCCAUGACCCCGGAUUGUUACCGUGGCGUCUUGCCUUUCCUCUGCGUAAAGGACGGUAAGACCUACAGGACUGCCCUUAAUACACAGCCCUCCUUGAACAAUUGCAGGUUUUAUGGUCGAGGGUACCUCUGCUGGAACGCCCCUGUCCGCACUCCAGAUGGCUCAAAAUGUCCCUGCACCGGGGGUCCGGGACAAGCGCCCACUUCCAAUUCUUUACUCUCAUGCCCCGGGAAUGCCACCAGGGAACCAUGCCGUCCCCUGCAAGGAAUCCGGCCGCACCUAUUGGACCGCCACUCUGACUCAGACCUUCCAGUCCCCCUGCAAUUCCUUCCUUCGAGGGCCUGUCUGCUGGUCCUACCUGGCCCAGGCCAGGUUCUCCGAUAGCGGAGGUGUCCAGGACACUGCCCUCCACAAAGUUGCGGCAACCCGGAUUGCUGCGAUAGCUCGGGCCACUCCGCCCCGGCCCCGCUACCGGCGCCUCAACCUCACCUCUUUACGCCGGCCACCACUCCUUAGCUCCCCGGACUUCACUUCACACCUCCUCAAUACAUCUUACCAGCUUUGGCUCAACUCCACUUCUCUCCCUAUCGGUUCCCCCUGUUGGAUUUGUCUGCCCCUUAUCCGUUCCGCUUUCUUCGGAAUACCCGUCCGCCCAACUGGCCCUCCACAACUCCACCAACACUUCUGCCUCAAUAGUCACCGAACCCAUCAGCGAUCCCGUCCCGCUGGCUCCGGCCACAAACCUCACCUGUUACCUACCCCCUGGCCUCGCCCAGGCUCCCGACCCCCGCUGCCAGAGCUUUUCUGCACCUUUACCCUUCUGCACUCCUCCCAGCAUAUUUCUCUUCUGUGACGGAGGCCACCCAUACAGGUGUCGGGACGCACAUCACAAUGGAAGUGGCUGCAUCCUCAUUUUCAUUUCCCCUUCUGCCGCCGUUUUUACUGACGCUGAAUUCCAGUCGCAGGUCUUUCCUUCCCUUCGCACCCGUCGGGUGGCUUUCGUCCCUUUCCUCAUAGGUGCUGGCAUCUUU